AACGGAAUGCUGACCAAAAAUGCAAAGUUUACAAAAUUACUUACAAUCUUCUAGCUCGUGAUUGGAUCAUCAGGACGCACUCAUGCGCACUUUUUAUGGGGCGCGCGACCGCGGCCCAAUCGCAGAGCUAGCUGGGCCGCCGGGCGUCAUCUUCAUCUUGAACCGUAGCUACUGAGAGACCAGCAGGAUAAGACUGUCGUGACCUACAGCACGAGAAAUGGCCGCGGAAGGCCUUCUCGCCGAGUAUCCAGAGCUGCGGCCGUUCGUCCUCCCCAACGUGCGGCUCACUGGCGUCAGAAUCGGCGCCGGAGCCUAUGGCAGCGUCGAGGAGGUGGCCGUGCCUGGAGCCAUCUGCGCCGCCAAAAAAAUCCACGACAUCUUCCUGGACCGCUCCGAGAUCCCCGCGGCCGAGAUCCGCAGAGCCACCGCCCAGUUCGUGAGGGAAUGUCAGCUUAUGAGCACCCUCGGCCACCCGAAUAUCGUCAAGUUUCUGGGCGUCGCCUUCUUUCCCGGCUCGCGACUGCCAGCCCUCGUCAUGGAGCGACUGCUGACGAGCCUUCACGACUUGCUGGACCCAGAAACGGACCCGCCUCCCCCGCCCAACACGCCCAAGCCGUUCUUCCCGCUCAGCCUAAAGUGCUCGAUCCUGCACAACGUGGCGUGCGGUCUAGCCUACCUCCACGAGCGAUCACCGCCCGUCAUCCACCGCGACUUGUCGGCCAGAAACGUUCUCCUGAACUCGGGGAUGGUGGCCAAGAUCGUGGAUUUGGGCGUGGCUCGUAUCGUCCCUCGUAUGAGAACUGCAGCCACCAUGACAAAGGGACCUGGGGCCUCAGUCUACAUGCCUCCAGAAGCCAGUGCUCCUGCAAAAUCGAAUGCCCAAAAGUCAAAGUACGAUGCCAGUAUCGAUGUCUUCUCUCUUGGAGUAGUUUCCAUUUUCACAAUCGGUGAAGUCUUCCCCUGCGAUCCCGUUACUGGAACCUAUCUCGAUGAAGAAACUGGGUUGCUAGUAGCUCGCACCGAACUACAGCGACGCGCUGAGUACAUGCGACACGUGAAUGGGCAACUCCGUGCCUGUGGCCAGCUCCGUGGGGACCACCCUCUCAUUCGGCUGAUCCAGCAAUGCCUGCACAAUGGUCCUCACAAGCGCCCGAGCAUUCGUGAGGUGCUGCGUCUGUUGGAGGAGGCCAGAGCUGGAGCCAGGGACAGCGGAUGGGAAGAGGUGCAAGCUGCUCAGACCCAGCCCAGGAACCAGAGUUCUGAGAGAGAUCUGCAGUCUCGUGUGCAGGAGCUACAGCAACAGCUACAGCAACAGCUGCAGUCCAGGAACCAGGAGAAUGCAGAUCUCCAGUCAAGCAAUCAGGAACUACACUCCAGGAAUCAGGCCAAGGACAGGGAGCUAGCUGAGGCUCGGCAGCAACUGAGACGGAAGGAGGAAGAGUUAGCUAGACAAGGAGCAGAGCUGACAAGAGCAGAGGAGACUAUCAGGAGAGAACAGCAGCAACUGAGACAGAAGGAAGAAGAGCUCCAAUCCAGUGAGAGAGAGAAACAGACAGUCAGACAACAGCUCAUCAGCUCACAGAGACGGGAGACUGAGUUAGUGCAGGCCAAGGACAGGGAGCUAAGAGAGAAGAGCAGUCAGGAUGACUAACAAGGAAGGAGAGAGAGUUAGCUGAGACUCAGCAGCAACUGAGACAGAAGGAGGAACAGCUGCGAUCAAGUGAGGCUCUAGUGGCUGACUUCCAGAAGACCCUCCAGCAGAGAGACUCAGAGCCAACUCAGAGGACAAAGACCCAGUCUAGUCUUCUACCAACAGCUGUACCACAUUCCACACAAGUCAAUAUUAAACCCAGAAAGCUCACUGUGCAGUGUCAUCGUAAGAAGACAGCACCAUGUGAGAAUGAUGAGAGGAUCUUCAACAACUGAUGGUCGAUUUGCAUACUUCACCCCACGUGACUCCAACUCAGUCUACCAAUAUGAAUGUAGUACAGAGAAAUGGGAGGAACUUCCUUCAUGUCCAUAUCACAACUCUGGACUAGUCAUCAUUGACAGGGAACUAACUGCUGUGGGGGGAGAGGAUGGAUCUCGUCGUACUAACAAACUAUACACACUACGACAGAGGAAAUGGGUUGAGAAAUACCCUCCAAUGAACACUGCACGUUCCGACACUGCUGUAGUUAGUACAUCCGAUGGUGAAUACCUCAUUGUGAUUGGGGGGAUGGUGGUGUUAGUUGGACUGCUACAGUUGAACUAUUUCAAGUGAAGAGCAGAAGAUGGUACCAACUAACAGACUUACCACAACCUCUCCCCUUCCCUUCAGCCACAAUAUGUGGUGAUCUAGUACAUGUGGUAGGAAAUGGUGAUGACGGCUACUCGUGUUCUCUUGCAGCUCUACCAUCCAGUGACAAACCAAUCCCACCACAGUCAAUACCACACCUCAUAUCAUGGAAACCUCUCCCUCCUCUACCAGUGAAUACUCAACAGCUGCCACUCUCUGUGGACAGCUAGUACUCAUUGGUGGCGAGCGAUGUGGGUCACCAGUCAACUCCAUUCACCAGCUAGUGGAUGGACAGUGGGUGGAGAUUGGCUCUAUGACUAGUGGUAGGAGCGAGCUGUUUAGUAGCCAGUCCAUCACCUGACAAGAUCAUCAUAGUGGGUGGAGUUGGAGCAGAGGACAGUGUUGAAGAAUGUGUUGUUGUUUAGUUACAAGUACACUUUUUUUGCAAUGCUCAUUGUACAGUAUAAUUACAACAAGUUG